UAGUCACUCAUUCAGUAUUAAUCGAUAGUGCAUCACGCCAGUUUCGCAUUUGGCAAAAGCUGUUCGAAAAUAUGGAUUAUUUUAAGUUUAUCCUGAUUGGACUACUCGUCCAAUCCACCCUAUUUCCAGCGCAGCUGAUACCCUGUGAUCGAAUCCACAAUAACCGAACUUGCCACAUUUACAAUGUUACCAUCGGAGAGAACCACCAAACAAUUCAGUUUCAAGAAAUUCGCCAAUUUAUCAUCGAAUCCAGUAACAUUUCAUAUUUUUCGACUGAUCUGUUUGCCAACUUGGGAGAGGCGAAUUUUCUUACCCUUAAAAAAGGCAAUGUGCGUGAGAUUAAUUUUAGUUCGGAUAACCUUAUCUCACUACGGAUUGAUAGAACAGGAUUGCAAAACUUGACGAUCGCCUCUACGGUGAAUCACAACCUGAACACCCUUAUAAUCAAUCACAAUCCGAUCUCAGUGCUGCCGAGUUCGAUUCACUAUCUUAUGGCGUUAUCCUUGCUGGAUUUAUCCCGGAACCAAUUGACGUAUCUUGACCUGAAUUGGUUCCAGCAGAUGAAUAACCUGCUUGUUUUGGAUCUCUCAUGGAACCAUCUCGCCCUUAUCGAUGGGAGCCCAACGCUUCGGCUGAGCCGUUUGCGCAACCUGUGGAUCAACCACAAUCACCUUUCCCAGAUCGCUUGGUUCCCGAUUGGGUUUCCAAAGUUGGAGCGAGUGCGUCUGUCGGAAAACUACUGGAGCUGCGUCUGGAUUCGCAGCGUGAGGAGAUUGAUUUGGGAGGGUAAAAUUCAUCUCUACGAUUUCGAUAGACACUGUUCUGAAGCUAGCGAAGGAGGUCUCUGCUGCUACGAAGCACUAACGGCUCCUUCCCACGCAAAGUUUGAAUUAAUCGAUAUCGAGUUUGGAUCGCAGAUUGAUGGGUUUGUACGGGAUCAGGUGAAGGAGCAUUCCACCAUCGUUGCUGAACAAGCGGAAAAUAAUCACGCCAGUUGUAGAUUAUUGGAGGACAAAAUACGUUUGUUACAGAAAGAUAAACUUCUUCUCGAGAAAGAGAAUAUUGAAUUCAAGGAACAGUUUUCAAAGAAGGUGGCAUUAUUACAGAAUAAUUUGGUGGAAGUGAAGAAAGACUUGGAAGAAUCCGAAGGGGUUAUAUCGCGAUACAGGUUUAAGGAACGUUUAAAUCUGAUGGAAAUAAUUAAAUAUUUAAACGGGACGAGGAAUUGAAAAGUGUAAAAGUUUAUGUCAUCUAUGUUAAGCUAGAACACGGUUCUAACAUCAAAAGAAUAUUCAUUCGAAUAAAACAGACUCAGUAAAUUAUUUGCUUUCUUGGCAAGAACAAA